GUGUGUCCGCUAGAACCAAAAUGUUUCUCGCCGUUCCUAUCUUCAUGUGUCAGAGUGGCCUGUACUGCCUCACAGGACAGGCGAUUAUUGACGAGAGCGAACGGCUCGUCAACUCUGCCUUCAGCUGCGGUUGGCCCGACGCCGAUGAACGCUUCAAGAGGUCUCUCCGAGUCUUCAUGGUGCGCGCCGCGCAGCCCCUCCGCAUCAGAGUGGGCAAGCUCAUCUCCCUCUCCAGGGCCACCUUCCAAGAGCUCUUGAAGGGAUCGUACCAGCUAUUCAACGUGGUGUACCAGUUUCACACCAACUAGAUCGCAAUACCCUGGCGUCAUAUGCCAUGGCUACGUCCGGCGCUGUGGCUUACGACAACGACCUCGUGAG